AUUUGCAACUAAUAUAAUUGAUACUUUUGCAAAUGCUCGCUUAUAUAGAUUUCCUGGUGGUGGUGGGGUUCAAACAAUAGGUCUUUGCAGAAAUCACCUGGAUUCCGUCUGGAAACUGAUACAUAAGCCCAGCUGCAGAUAUUGUUUGGCAAAGCAUUUGUAUCUGUCUGGCUCAACGGCUCAAAUGUCUUUUUGUCUCUGUUCGAAAGAUGGACUAGACAACAUUGUGAAGAUAAGAUUUAAUGGGUAUUCACAGCGAAACUCCAGCUCUCCAUGCGCUCACCAGACCACGUUUUGAGCAUUCACCACUUCAGUUUCGCUAGGAGCAUAAAAUCGCUGAACAAUGCGGGUGAUACUUAAGCAAUUUGAGAGUGUAAGCUUUUCCGCCGACUAACAUAUGAGAUAGGAUCGCAGUAGAGUGUAUGCCUAAAAAAUCGGAUAGGUGCCAUGUCAUGAGUUUAAAUGGGAUAGCUCGAAUGGGAUACAAGGAAGCCAGAUUAGGUACCGUUUGGGAGCGAAACUAGCCCUACUAAGCAUGGCUUGAUGCCAACCCUUCUGGUGCUUGUGGGCCACUGGCAGGGUCCGAAAAUGAAUCAUACAACGGGGACGAAAAAUGGGUUCGCAAAAGCCAAGAUCCGAGCUUUUGCGGGGGCGAGCAGUCUUUGGCUUAGCGUAGAUUAGUCACGUCAGAGGCCUUGGCAGCCCCAAGACGUUGGGUCAACCGAUGCGCAUCGCGUCUAAACCGCGACCUGUCUUCGCGGCAACCAUCGUGCAACUUUGAAAUGCGGUGCAACGCACAACUAUGUCUAGAUUGAAAGCUUCUGCGACACAGUACCAGGAUACAACACCGCCUACGAGCUUCGCAGAACAGCCUUUAACUCCGCCGCCGACCGACGAGAAGCAGUUUGCGCACGCCCAUCGAGUAAUCUCGCUCUUUAGAGAGAUACGAGCGGGGAGACACAUUGAACGAGGUCCUUGGACAGAAUUCUGGCUUGUAAAAGGGGAAUAUGAUGAGAUACAACGUCUGCUUCAGAAAGACGAAGACCUGUGGGGAUACGUGAAAGACAAAAUACGGCAUGAUUAUAACGCAGAAAAAGAUUUCCUUGUCGUUCGUAUGCCGACUAGCGUACAUGAGCUGUUCGUUGACGGAGUCGAGGACGCGAUUCGGAGCCAGUUGAAAGUAGUACGUAGUGGAUCGGGUCCGGAAGCUCGCUUUGCGCAGAAAGUGCGACCUGCUCGAUCAACCGAGAUAAAACUCCCUGCAGAAGAAGGUCUACCUAGCAGAAAGUCGAAGUAUGAACCAGACGCCUCUUUCUGGCAUGACGAUGCGAAAUAUCCGGGUGUUAUCAUCGAAAUUGCGUACUCGCAGAAAAGGAAGAGGCUGUACCGCUUGGCAGAAAGCUACCUCCUAGACUCAGAUGCUAGUGUGCAGGUUGUUGUCGGUCUGGACAUUGAGUACGGCAAGAAAGGGUCGCGUGAGGCAACGCUGUCAGUGUGGCGAGCCCAAGUAAUCGGAAAUGAGCUUCGAGUAGUAGAUGAGGUCGCGGAUGAGACCUUUCGCGGCGAUCAAGGGAACAAUACCGAUCAUCCAGGACUGCAGCUUCACCUCAGCGAUUUUGCGCAUGAAGAAUUAGUGCAAGAGGAGCUGGGAGACCAAAAUCGAGAAAUAAAUGUGUCUGGUCAACAGCUCUGCCAAUUUCUUGCUGCAGCAGAGAACAAGGUGCAACAAGACAGAUCACUUAGCAAGCAUUUGGUUGCUCCGGGUAUCAGGAAGAGGAAACGUCCAGACACACCUCCGGAAGAGAUCGCUUCGAGUGACGAAGCACAAUACAUGGAGCAGGAGAGGAAGGUGGCAAGACGCAUGGAAGCGCAGGACCCCAACUAUGAAGAUUCAUUCUGA